GUUGGAUUUUACUAACAACACAGAACAGCAAGUAGCCUGUCAAAAUAAUAAAAUUGUAAAUAAACUGUUUUGGCAAAGAAAAUGAAUGGCAGUUGAUCUCAUUUGUAAACUGAAAGGAAGCAAAAUGCUUAAAGGAGCAGUUGAUUUAACCCAGACAGGGGUUGAUAGGCCAUCUUCACCAGCAAGAUUGGCUUACAACUCAGACAAACACCCAAAACACACAUUAGAGGCCAUAAACGUUCUUCGUAAACACAGAGAACUCUGCGAUGUUGUGUUAAUAGUUGGACAAAGAAAAAUAUUUGCACAUAGAAUCAUUCUAUCAGCAUGCAGUCCAUAUUUUCAUGCAAUGUUCACCGGUGAAUUGGCAGAGAGUCGGCAAACUGAAGUCACAAUAAGAGACAUUGAUGAAAAUGCUAUGGAAUUAUUGAUAGACUUCUGUUAUAUGUCAAACAUUAUUGUGGAAGAGAGUAAUGUGCAGACACUUCUGCCUGCUGCUUGCUUGUUACAGUUAGCAGAAAUUCAGGAUGUUUGUUGUGAGUUCUUGAAAAGACAGCUAGAUCCGUCAAACUGCCUCGGAAUUCGGGCAUUUGCUGACACUCAUGCGUGCAGAGAUUUGCUGAGGAUUGCUGACAAGUUUACACAACACAACUUUCAAGAGGUGAUGGAAAGUGAGGAGUUUAUGUUACUGCCAAUAAACCAGCUGAAGGAGAUCAUAGCCAGCGAUGAACUGAAUGUACGGACAGAAGAACAAGUGUUCAGUGCUGUUAUGGGCUGGGUCAAAUACAACAUACAAGAGAGGAGAUCACAUCUACCCGCCGUACUGCAACAUGUUCGACUCCCCUUAAUGAGCCCCAAAUUUCUGGUGGGCACUGUUGGGUCCGAUCUCCUGAUUAAGAGUGACGAUGAAUGUCGGGAUCUCGUUGACGAGGCUAAGAAUUACCUCCUCCUGCCUCAAGAGCGCCCACUCAUGCAGGGUCCCAGAACAAGGGCACGUAAACCUAUCAGAUGUGGGGAGGUUUUGUUUGCUGUUGGAGGUUGGUGCAGUGGUGAUGCCAUAUCCAGUGUAGAACGUUAUGACCCACAGACAGGUGAAUGGCGGAUGGUUGCACCCAUGUGUAAACGGCGCUGUGGCGUUGGUGUAGCUGUAUUGAAUGAUCUCUUGUAUGCAGUUGGCGGGCAUGACGGACAGUCUUAUCUCAACAGUAUUGAACGAUUUGAUCCCCAAACAAACCAGUGGAGUAGUGAUGUGGCGCCCACAAGUUCUUGCCGGACAAGUGUCGGUGUUGCUGUGUUGGACAACUACAUGUAUGCAGUUGGAGGACAGGAUGGUGUCUCAUGUCUCAAUUUCGUUGAAAAAUACGAUCCACAGUUAAACAAGUGGACAAAAGUAGCAUCCAUGAGUACUAGACGACUUGGAGUGGGCGUGGCAGUUCUCGGAGGCUUCCUGUAUGCUGUUGGGGGAAGCGAUGGCACCUCUCCGUUGAAUACAGUUGAAAGAUAUGAUCCUCGGUCGAACCGUUGGACACCAGUUUCCCCAAUGGGCACGCGACGUAAACAUCUCGGGGUGGCAGUCUACAACAAUAUGAUUUAUGCAGUGGGUGGGAGGGAUGAUACCACAGAGCUGAGUAGCGCCGAGCGUUAUAAUCCUCAGACAAACACAUGGCAGCCGGUCGUCGCAAUGACCUCAAGACGAAGUGGGGUGGGGUUGGCAGUGGUCAAUGGACAGUUGAUGGCAAUAGGUGGCUUCGAUGGCACCACAUACUUAAAGACAAUAGAGCAAUAUGACCCAGAGAACAAUUGUUGGAAACUGUGCGGGGGGAUGAACUAUCGACGGCUAGGGGGUGGGGUGGGAGUGGUGAGGAUGCCACAGCAUGAGACACAUCUCUGGUAAUAAGGGGUGAGGGAUAAGGGAAAAGCAGAGAGGGCAAUACCACCCAGCAAACUAUUGUUGCAAAUUUGGUGUGGGAGGAUCAAUAAUUUACAUAGGGGCUGGAAUAGGUAGGGUGUUGAAAAUGCCCCAAAAUGAAAUUGAAGAGGGGAUGCAGGAAACUGGUGGGAGGGAUUUUUGGGCAAAAGAAUUCUAUAAAUUAUGGAACAAAUGGGUUAUUAACUAUCAACAACUUAACAGUGGGGUUGCUAAACACAUGUGGUAAGUAAAGGGGGAGGGGUUAUAUGUGUGCAGGGGAGGGUUGGGUGGUACUGAACUCAACUGUAUGAACUUUGGGGCAGAGUUGUAGUGGUAAGAAGGAUGUGAGUGGAUAUAAAAAGGUGUUUUAAUUGUUUAACAUGUACAAUAUACAUUGUGUACUUAUUUAGUGCUUAAGUAGAGCUUACAUGUAGCUCUGGUGCACAUUAAUGGCUGAGUUUUGAUGCACCUACUGUAUUUAGAAGUCUACGGUCAUAAAAUUAAUGGAUUGUUUAACUCAAAUUGUUAAAAUAUUGCUGUGUGCUUAAGUGCUAAGUAGCACGAGGUUUUAUUCCAUCCUGAAUGUUGAUUUGGUGCCAUUAAAUUCCUAAUGUUUCUUUUUUUCGAUUUAGGAUCUUAAGGACCUCAUAGAACAUAUGUUUGGAUUGCCAUUCCCCUAGUCCUUUGUGUAAAGAAUUGUUUAUUUCAUUAUUGCUCUCUGGUGGAAUAAGCUUGAUGUCAUUUAACCAAUUUUCUUUCAUGCUUUUUGACGAUAUAUGGAGUUUAAGCAGUGAAAUAACAACAGCAAAAAUAUCAAUCUGAUGUUUUCACUUGAAAAUAACGAGUGAACAUAUCAACUUAAAGAAAUACUUUUAAAAUCCAUUGUAGUUCCUUUCCCCUGUCACAAAUAAAGAUAUUUUUGGAAAUAAACAACUUACCGUUUACUUUGCCACUCGUGGGAAAAUAUGUUUUUUGCUAUGACACUUGUGAAAUAAAAUACGAUCUAACAUUGAAAUCAACAAAUAUCCUCUAUAUAUAUAUACAACAUAACACUUUUCAGCUAUUCUUGUUUAGACAAACAUAUGUUGGCGAAGACCUUUCAUUUACAAUAGUCGUAAAGUGAUACUAAUUGUAAAUCUUGAUGAAUUAUGAGUUAAUAUGUAGGAUUGUUUGUGUUUAUCCGUGUGUCCAUGCUGUAUGAAUGCAGGAUAGCACUCUUACAAGGAUUACCCUAAAGGAUAGUUAUUUUUUUUAAAUCAGAUCAAUGUCGCAAAUGUUUUUUUUUUGUCCCACCACACCAGUCCGUUUACAGAAGCGUUAAGUAAUCUGCUUAAAAUUGCUUAGAAUUAAAGAACAAAAUACAAACUUCCAACAGAUGUGUUUUCACAGAGAUAGGGAGGUUGAGAAUGUACAAUUAUGAUUUCCUUCUUUAUUCCAGUAUUUACAAAAUGUUAGAGGAGCUUACAUUAACUGUUCUGUGUUCCAUGGAGUCCCUGAUUUGUUUUUACAUGUAUAUCUUAUUGUUGUUUUGUAAAGGUAUCCCUUCAUGCUGUUUAUAAAAUGGCAUUAUAUUUAACUUAAGUAUCGCCUGCCAAGCAUAGCAGACGCACAUGGAUUACUUUGUCUGGCGUCUUCGUCCGCAGUGUCAGUGUCACAAUUUUGUUUUCGAGCAAUGUCAGUGUCAGUGUCACACCUUUGUUUCCGAGCAAUGUCAGUGUCACACCUUUGUUUUCGAGCAAUGUCAGUGUCAGUGUCACACCUUUGUUUUCGAGCAAUGUCAGUGUCAGUGUCACACCUUUGUUUUCGAGCAAUGUCAGUGUCAGUGUCACACCUUUGUUUUCGAGCAAUGUCAGUGUCAGUGUCACACCUUUGUUUUCGAGCAAUGUCAGUGUCAGUGUCACACCUUUGUUUUCGAGCAAUGUCAGUGUCAGUGUCACACCUUUGUUUUCGAGCAAUGUCAGUGUCAGUGUCACACCUUUGUUUUCGAGCAAUGUCAGUGUCAGUGUCACACCUUUGUUUUCGAGCAAUGUCAGUGUCAGUGUCACACCUUUGUUUUCGAGCAAUGUCAGUGUCAGUGUCACACCUUUGUUUCAAACUAACUUUUGAAGGACUUGUUCUUGAGUCAUGUAACUUGGUCGUUUGACCCUUAUUCAUUUUUGGGUCGGUAGGUCAAAGGUUAAAGGUCAAAGUUAAAGUGAUAAUCUUGAUAGGCAACACAUUCGUUUAGAAAACACACCUUUACUUAUUAAAUUCUAUUCAAAUUAAUUGUAUAUUAAAGACUUUCCUUUGCUUUAUUUUACCAUGUUUAAACAUUUUCUUGUAUAUUUACAUUAUUCAUUUUAACAUGCCAUUGUUUUAACACCCUGAUUGUUGUUCCGUAAACUAUUGAUAAUAGGAACAAUAAAAUAUUUAAACACUUA